CAAGUCUCUGACGAUCCGGAGCUGCUAGGUUAGAGUGAGGUAGUGGGAGGGAUGUGCGCGGUAGGUAUACGGGGUGGAGGGAGCGUCAAUUUCACCUUGUCAGUUACAGGACACGGUAACACCAGGUGGAGGGAGCGUCAAUUUCACCUUGUCAGUUACAGGUAACACCAGGUCAAACUGCUUCCCAAGAGCAGUGGAGACAGUUCCCGUUUUUAUUACUGGAGGGAAAAGAUUGGGGAGACCCGUCGGCUGGGACAGAGCCAAAUUCUCCACCCUCCUCUUGCCUGUCCCACAUUGCCCCGCUCUCCGCUCUGGGACGGGGGAGUUGCGCAUCGUGUGCUUAACAGAACAACUCUUCCACACCUCCGGGUCUGCCCCCUCCCCCCACUGAACCAAACCCACGAGGAAAUCAGAAAUUACGGCCAACGAGCGCUGUGUCAUCUCCGGCAUGGGAGGGGAAUCUUCAUAGGUCGCCAAGGACGUGAACUGCGGGGAUAAAGUGGCGAUGAUUUUCGCCUUCGUCCUGGUGUCAUCCGUUCGCCUCUAUUCUAUCGUGCGAGCCCAGCUGGAGAGCGAAGCUUGCUCUGCGAAUCAUGUGGCCACGUUGGAAUAUCGCUGCACCAAGGCGUCUGGGGAGGUAUCCACGUGUUUAAGGAAGAGAUGUUGCAAGGGUUACAGAUAUGUACUAGGACAGUGUAUCCCUGAGGAUAUCGAUGUCUGUGCUGACUCGCCCUGUGAACAACAAUGCACUGACAGCUUUGGACGUGUUGUCUGUACCUGCUAUCCUGGAUUUCGCUUUGACCGAGAGCGCCACAGAAAUCAUCAGACACCCUACUGCCUUGAUAUAGAUGAGUGCUCAGUGCACAAUGGCACACUUUGUGAUCACAAGUGCAUUAACACACAUGGAAGCUACAGCUGUGAGUGUCGAGAAGGAUUUUAUUUGCACAUCGAUGGCAAGUCCUGUCUCAGAAAUUUUAAUGACAGCAGAGCAGUGAAGGCUGAGCACCCGAUGAGCGCAGGCACUUGUUCAGUCACUUGCGAGGAAUUUCUACACAUGAAGCAGACUCUGGUGCAACUCAAACAGAAGCUGCUGCUAACAAGCCUGGACAACUCCAGUGAAAAGUUACAACUGUUAAGGAAGUGCCCUCCACAUAUAGUAGGCCGACCUGGUGCCCCUGGACCUCCUGGUUCUCCAGGACGUCCAGGAGCUCAAGGCAUGAUGGGACCGGAGGGAGCUCUAGGAGCUCCUGGUCCACGUGGGCCCAGAGGCUUCAUGGGCCCCAUGGGUCCCACUCCUGAUCUGUCCUCCAUCAGGAGAGGAAGACGAGGUCCAGUGGGUGCACCUGGCACUCCAGGAAAGAAUGGAAUAAAGGGUGAGCGGGGACUUCCUGGACCACGAGGCCUACCGGGCCCCCCUGGAUCAUUUGAUUUCCUCCUACUGAUGAUGGCUGACAUCAGACAUGAUAUAAUCGAACUGCAGGAACAAGUAUUUGGCGAGCGACGGGGCAUCACUCUUGACACUCUGCCCCUGGACGCACAAGACAUGGGAUCAGGGCAGGAGGAAGUGCUUCCCACAGAGUCUGGCAGUAGCAACAGGAGGUAUGGCCUCCACUGAGCCUUGAUCUUAACAUCAUUGAAGCCAUCUGGGAUUACCUGGAGAUACAGAAGCAAGUGAGACAGCCAAAGUCUGAAGAAGAACUGUGGCAAGUUUUCCAAGAUGCUUGGAACAACCUACCAGCGAAUUUUCUUAUAAAACUGCACAAUAGUGUACCUAAGAGAACUGAUGCAGCUUUAAAGGCAAAGGGUAGACACACCAAAUAUUGAUUUGAUUUACUGUUUACUGUUCACUGCUCUUUAUAGUAUUUUCUAAAAUUUAGAAACCUUUCAUUUCAUUAUUUUGAAAGCAUCUUCACUGCAAGAAAUGUUUACAUGUGUCUUAGACUUUUGCACAGUGCUACAUGUCUACGACUCCAUAACUUUUUGACUAAGACAGAUUAUGUGGUCAAUAUCACAUUGCUGUUUAUAGCAGCUUUUUUAGAUUUCAGAUUCAGAUUUAUUUAUUACAUGUACAUCAAAACAUACAGUGAAAUACACCAUUUUACAUUAACAACCAAAAUACCCAAGGAUGUGUUAGGGGCAGCCUGUGAGUGCCGUCACAUGUCUGACUCAAAUAUCAAAUGUCUUCACUCAAAUAUGCAACAAUUUUUCCUUCAUUGCAGCAGUAACCAUAUUCCAAAGUUCUUCAUUUCAUGUAAAAUGCAUUGGGAUGCUUCGAUAGAUUUGUGGAAAACUCUACAGAAAGUCCAAGUGUUUUUUCCCCUCAGCCCAGGACCAGCAAUCCAGAUUCAAACACAUCCAAGCCAGAAGGGGUCACUACAGAACAACCUGCAGCUGGCAGCCCAGUUGAUCUAUCCUGAAUUAUUGAACUUUGCAGACCCAGGCUCUAUUCUGCAAAUGGAGAGCCGAGCAGGGUUUAUCAGGGUUCCGAUGCAAAACCAACUCCACAAAAUAUCAAAGACGCAGAGCCAGUGCCCAGAUGAGAACCAGAUUGCUAACCAGCCGCCUGGAUAGAAGAGAAUUCUUGGAACAGUUUCUGAGUAGCCGUGAUGACGUUCUUAAAGUAACAGUUUCCGUGUGAAUGAGGUAAUAGAUCUCUAAAUUUUCCAGGUAAAUUACACUACAUCAAAGAAAAUAAUUAAGAGUAACUUUUUUCAAAACAAGUUAAUGAUCAGAAACAAUUAGCAUUGUCCAACUAAGGCUUGAUUAACUUGAAACGUUAAGUUUUCUUUUUCCUCCACAGAUGUUUCUGAAUUGCUAAGUACUGCUAUGAUGUUUUGCUUUUGUAUUAUCAUCCAUGGAGAUUAAAUCUAUGCAGGAAACUGCAGACUGUUCACCAAUGUUUCAUUUUCAAAAAUGUCACUGAAAGCCUGCCAUUUUGAACACAAGGUUUAUCACUAAUCCAAGGCAUCCCUCUUUUCCCCCCACCUUCAAGUAACAACUUAUACUUCAUAUGAAAGAAAGAAUGAAGGAAAGAGGAGAAGGAAGGAGGAAGGUAGAAGAAGGAAGAGGAAAAGAAGGAAAGAGGAAGAAGGAAAGAGGAAGAAGGAAAGAGAAAAUAUUAACCAGUGGCUUCACAAUAGAGUCAAAACAAGGGUAUUGAAAUGCCAAGCCCCUUUGAAGAAGUGCAACAUCUCCACUAACUCCUUGGCAGCUCUGACCCAUUCCUGCACAAGACUGAAGCAGCAGCUUUUGGAAUGGAGUGGAAAAUUUGAAAUUUGUGCAUCAGGAGUGAACAGAGGCCUUACGUUAGCAGAGGAAGGGGUGCACUACCUCAUAAACUCCCCAUCAGCCCACACUGUCUGCCAUCAUCUGCUCCAUGAGAGUGUCUGCAGAUCCCACAUUGGCUGCAGUAGUCACUUUGGGACCAACAAAAUGAAAAUAAAAACAAGUCAUCCUGGACCCCUAAGGGAAUGCAUAAGAAUAAUUUUUUAAAAAGGAAAAAUGUUGGAAAUGCUGUGGAGAGAGAAAUUUGUAAAGUCAAUCUCAAUUCAUAAACAUACAAAGAUACAAAUUGAAAAGUCUAGAUAGAGCAGCCAUGCAUAGGAGAGUAUCCAUUAUAGGUUUAUUAUAAUGAUUACAGGAAUGAAAGGGUUAAUGUAUGAGGAGCGUUUGCUGGCUCUAGGCUGUACUGCUGCAGUUUAGAAGAAUGGGGGGGAAUCUCAUAGAAACCUACAGUAUAUUGAAAGGCCCAGAUAUACCGACUAUGGACAGCAUCUUUCCAAUAGGGCAAUAGUCUAGGAGCAGAGGGCGAGGUCUCAGAAUAGAAGGAUGUCCCUUUAGAACAGCGAUGAGAAGGAACCUCUUUAACCAGAAGAUGGUAAACCUGUGGAAUUCAUUGCCAAAGAUGGUGUGGAGACCAAGACAUUGGAUAUAUUGAAAGCAGAGGUUGAUAGGUUCUUUAUUAGUGAUUAGGGUGUCAACAGUUAUGGGGCAUGAGAAUGGGGUUGAGAGGGAUAAUAAGUCAGCCAUGAUUGAAUGGUAGCAAAAUCUCAAUGGGCUGAAUGGCCUUUUUCUCUUCCUAUGCCAUAUGAUUAAGGUGCAUGAUCAAGUGAGAGCAAGAGAGAUUAAAUGACUGAUGGUAUAUAUGCUUUAUUUUUUAAAAUAUAAAAAGUAUUUCUGUGGCCUAAGCUACUUCCUUACACCCCUCCUCCCAGAAUUAACUACUGUAAUGUAAAUUAACACAAUUGUUUGCAGCCUAGUUUGUCCCUCAGUUAGACAGCUCUCCAGUGUGCAAUGCCCAGGUGAAUCGAUAGGGGGCAGCAAGGAACAAUUCUGCUGGUGCUAGUGAAGAGCAUCAGGCAUGCACGCCAGACUGAUAGGCACUUGAUAAACACAUGAGGUUCUGCAGAUACAGGAAAUCCAGAGCAUUACACACCAAAUGCCUGAGGAACUCAGUAGGGCAAGCAGCAUCCAUGGAGAAGAAUAAACAGUCGACGUUUCAGGCCGAGACCUUAUUAGGACUGGAAAGAAGGGGAAGAAGCCAGAACAAAGUGGUGGGGGGAGGGGUAGGAGUACAAUCUGGCAGGUGAUAGGUGAGACCAGGUGAGAGGGAAGGUUGAUGUAUGGGGCAGCCGGGGGUGGGGGGAGAAUGAGAGUGAAUAGCACAAAGUUCCUUGGUGUGCACAUGUCAGAUAAUCCAACCUGGACCCACAACACCUCCUCAUUAGUCAAGAAGGCACAGUAGCAUCUACACUUUCUCAGGCGAUUGAAGCCUGCAAGCCCCCCCCCCCAUUUUAACAACUUUCUACAGGAGCACAACUGAGAAUGUCCUGUCUGCCUGCUUCAUUCUGUGGUAUGGAACCUGGAAGGCCCUACAAAGGAUGGUAAAAAGGUCACCGUGGUCUCUCCCCCCACCCCCAUUUGUGACAUUUACUGGGAAUGUUGUAGACAAAGCAUUGUUGAGAAUCCCUACCACCCAUCCCUCAAUUAGUCAGGUUCGGCGCCAAUCCUAAUCUCAAUCCUAAUUGUCAACCAAAAUCAAUACACCAGUUAAGGACGUAAAUGUGCUUAGUUAGAGCACUCAACCGUAAGUGUAUCCACGUAAAUCUCUCUUAAAAAUAAAUGACAUUCAACUUCCUCUGCAUCGCUGAGUCAUGACUUUUGGCCAAUCAAGCCUACUCAAGUUCUCUGCAAACCAGCUCAGCCAGCCCAAGAACUUUAAAUCUGUGCUCCUGAUUCCUGAACCAGUCGCUAAUGGGAACAGUUUCCCUCUACCUACCCAUUUGGAGUUAGUCUGCUUGUGCACCUCAAUCACAUCUCUUCUUUCUUCGUGGAAACAAUCAAAAAAAGAACAGGAUGAGUUCAUUUGGCCCUUCGAGCCUUCCCCACCAUUCAAUACAAUCGCAGUCGACAAUAGAAGUGACAGACCACUAUGCCCAUGCUGAUAACACAUACUCAUCUAUAAUAAUCCUAUUUAUCAUUGUUUGGCCCACACCCUUCUAAGCCCCAGUAAUUCAAAUAUCCUUCUAGAUACCUCAUAAAUGCUAAGGAAGUACCUGCCUCCACUGCCUUCUCAAGCAAUGUGUUACAGAUUCCAACUAUACCAUCCAGGCCACACCCUCUUCUCACUACGACCAUCAGACGGAAGGUAUGCCUUAGGUUGCACACCAUCAGGUUCAGGAGCAGUCAUAACCCUAAAACCAUCAGGCUUCUGAACAGACAUGGAUAUCUUCAUUCCCCAUGCUCUGAACUGAUUCUACAACCUACAGACUCAAUUUUAAAGACUGUUUAAAGCUCGUGUUCUCGGUAUAUUUUUAAUUGCACAGUUUGUGCUCUGUUGCCAAUUGGUUGUUUGUCAGUCUUUGUUUGGUAAAAGUCUAUUGCCUUCCUUUUUAACUGUAAUUGUCUGCAAGAAAAUGAAUCGCUAAGUAGUAUAUAGUAACAUAUACUCAGCACCAUUUUUUUAGGUACUUCCUGUAACUAAUGAUGUGGCCACCAAAUGUAUGUUCAUGGUCUUCUGCUGCUGUAGCCCAUCCACUUCAAGGCUCAAUGUAUUGUACAUUCAGAGAUGCACUUCUGCACACUACCGUCAUAUCACUGUCACACCACUGUCAUACCACUGUCAUAUCACUGUCACACCACUGUCAUACCACUGUCAUAUCACUGUCACACCACUGUCAUAUCAUUGUCACACCACUGCCAUACCACUGUCAUAUUACACAGAUAUUUCAGUACCUGUCGCCUUCCUGUCAGCCUGAACCAGUCUGCCCAUUCUCCUCUGACCUCUCUCAUUAACGAAGUGUUUUCGCCCACAGAACUGUCACUCACUGGAUUUUUUUUUGUUUCUCACACCAUUCUCUGUAAACAGUCUAGAGCAGGGGUUCCCAACUUUUUUGGUGCCAUGGGCCCCUACCAUUAACCGAGGGAUCUGUGGACCCCAGGCUGGGUAGAGACUGUUGUGUGUGAAAAUCCCAGACGAGUAGCUUCUGAGAUACUCAAACCAGCCCAUCUGGCACCAACAAUCAUUCCAUGGUCAAUGUCAUUGAGAUCACAGUUUGUCCCCAUUCUGAUGUUUGGUCUGAACAACUGAACCUCUUGGCCAUGUCUGCCUGUUUUUAUGCAUUGAGUUUCUGCCACAUAAUUGGCUGGUUAGAUAUUUGCAUUAACAAGAUGAUAUGCAGGUGUAACUAAUAAAGUGGCCACUGAGUGUAUUACCAUGUAAAAGCACCAUCAUGUUGCUCUUCUCUCUUCACUUACUAGACAUCUAUCACUGUCUGUUUUAGAUGUUCUUUCUUCUAUUAAUGCUUAAUAAAACAAUU